AUGGAUAAAAUAUGUAAAAAUACCCCCUUUGUGCUUGUGAAAGCGGUUCUUCGGCCAGAGGCAGGAGUCAGUGUUGUUUUACGCAUGUGGAGGAAUGAGAAAGUCCUUUCAGAGAUGAUCAUGAGUGCAGGAGGCGUUGAUGAUCCGCUCCUCAUGACCAAAACCCCUCUCAGACCAUUGAGAAGCAUGGAUGAUUUCAGGACGCGCUUCAGUGCUACACACAACACGCUGCUCGGAGAGACUUUCACACGGCACACAAUUGCUAACCUGGCUAUUGGUGGACUUACAUCUUUGUUAGUCCUUGUAACUGUCAUCAGUUCAUUCGUCUUUCCUACACCUCCUCCAAUAGCAUUAAACAUCUUCUUUGUGGUCUGCAUCAUAAUGAUCUGCUCCUCUGUAUUAAUGCUGAUAUUCUGGUAUCGUCAAGGUGACCUGGAUCCAAAGUUCUGUGGUCUGAUUUAUUAUUCCACAGGUCUCGUUGUCCUUCUCUGUUUAUGUGCCAAUCUGUACUUUCACGAUGUCGGCAGAUAAAAGGAUUCACCACUUGAAAUAAGCGAAUCU